ACACACUUGUCAAAAACAAACCAUACGUGGGAAGCAACGAGAAACCUUAGAGUUCAUGUCCAGAGCAAGACCAGGACAAAAUUCACUCUCUGUUCUCUUGAAACAGAUCACCAUUUCAUCAUCAUUUUCGUCCCCUUUUAUACAUACACUUCUAAACUGCUAUAAUAUAAAUCGAAUUAUCAAAGAAUCGAACUUGAAGAUGAUCAACGCAAUAAGAUUAGCCACAAUUAGAGCACAACCACUGCCUGUAUUCUCAAACCCUUUGCCUUACCAUAUUGGUCGAAAGUCCUCUGAAAUCAGAUUCAGACAAGUCGUAACCUCGUCUGGACAACCAGACAACAGCAACAAGAUGGAUCAAACUAAGAAACCUGCAGACGAAGCAGAGCACAAAGCUGCGGACACAAUGUCGAGCAGCUUUGGAGAUGGAUAUGCGACGAGAUCGGAUGAAGAAGGUUUUGGAGGCAUCUAUGGAGGAAACAAAGAGGAUGAGGAAAAGAUAACCCAUGGAAAAGCCCCUGAGUAUGAUACUAAUCAAGGAAGUGAAGUCAAAGAGAAGGAGAAGGCACGUAAUCAGCGUCAAGCAGCUUGAAGAAAAUUGCCAUUCCUGUUUAGUUUAAUUACUUCUAGUCGGUGACAGAGAAAAUUCCCUGCCUACCUUAUUUAAUAUGCGAUAUAUCCUCCUUCCCUUUUCCCUAGUAUUAAGCUUUAGUAUGUAAAUUGCACUCCUGUUUCAGAGUGUGUGAAUGCUAGAGGUUUUUACCUAACUCGUUCAUAUAAAUUCUUUCACUAA